AGACAACCAGUUGACCCCUGGAUAUCGUCAAGGGAGGUGCGUGCUGGUCUGUUGUGUCGGAAACUUCUUCACAAUGGCUUCGAUUGUGUUCUUAAGUUUAUUUAAUAACGAACCAUGAUUUAAAUAUGUAUCGUAUUAUCGAACAGCAUUCUGGUCGAAUGUCUGACGGUACUAGAGGCAGAUUUCUUUAGUGACACCUGCCAAUGCUGCUCAGGUGUGAGUGGUGGUGAUUGUGUCCAAGUAGUGACUAGGUAAUCCAGGUACACAUUUUCUCUUACUUUUGUAAGGAAAUCUCUUGAGCAUCGCCGAUUACUAGUGAUUAGAAAUUAAUUAAUGUAUGGUGAGGGCAUCUGAUCACCUGGAGUCGUGAGCAGCUUCGAACAAGUUAGCAAAAGUGACUUUGGUCUAAGGAAGAGUCGAGUUGCCAAGAUGGGAGUGUGCUGGGUAUUCUGGAAGGCCGUGUUGCUGCUGCUGCUGCUGCUGCUCACGAGUUUGUCCUCAUCUGACGCUCAAGGACGGGUGCAGGCGCCGAGGUUUAUUGGUCCUCAGGUGGCGACGGAGAGCGUAGUGAGCGAAGGACACACCAAGAUCCUGCAGUGCCAAGCUUUAGGUUACCCACAGCCAGAGUACAGAUGGAUGAGAGAUGGAGAGCCGCUGGGGGAGUUCUCCAGUGAGACCUUCUACAAGAUCCCCUCCGUCAGUAGAGACGAUGCUGGAGACUACCGCUGUGUGGCACGCAACUCUGCUGGUGCUAUAUUCUCAGCCAAAACCUCAUUCUCAGUGGCGUAUAUGAGUGGAUACAACAAUACCGAAAAUACAGUGAUGACGGUACAAGCUGGGGAAGCAGCUGUUCUCUCUCUGCCUCCUCUGGAGUCCUAUCCUCCACCCUCUGUCACAUGGUUGGCUGAUGACAUCUUACUCUAUGGCAUCAAGUAUGCCACCACAGACCCUGAUAACCAGUUCAUUAUUUUGGCAACCCAACCCACUGAUAUGAAGACCUACAGUGCUCGUAUCACCAACACUCAGCUUGGAGUAGAAGAAGUCAGUGGAGGUAUUACUCUCAUAGUUGAGGGUGAAGAAGGAAGAAAUGAGGAGAUUCCACCUUCAAUUAUUGUACCACCUCUCAACACAACUAUUAUCAAGGACUCCAGUAUUGCACACUUGCAGUGUAUUGCAAAUGCCAGACCACUAUAUCAGUUAGAAACUCUUUGGUUCAAGGAUGAUAUACCUAUAGAACAAUCAGGUGUUGUGUUCUCCUUCAAUGGCUUAUGGAAUCGCACUCUUAGCCUCCUCCAGGCUGACCUACAUUAUGCUGGUGUUUACAAAUGCCAGGUUCGUCUGCGCACAAGUAUUGAUGAGCCAAUUCAAGCUGCUGCCCAAGUUGUUAUUUAUGAUCGCCCAAAGCUUAAGGAGCAACUUCCUGUGGACACUUUUGCUGAUUUGGGCAAAACACUGACUAUUCCUUGUACUGCAGCAGGUGCUCCUAUUCCUUAUGUUACCUGGUAUAGAGAUGCUGUAAAUGUCAUCACUUUGGAUGAUAACAGGUAUCGAGUUCUUCUCAAUGGAUCUCUGGCCAUUUCUGCAGUUCAUAUCAAUGACACUGGAAUGUAUCAGUGCCUGGCAUCUAAUUCUGCUGGGGAAACAUCAGCCUACACUUGGCUAAAAGUUAAAAAGUGGUGGGAUGAUCCUCCUAAUCGUGUACACAGGUCCUUGAAAGCCAGGGCCUUUGCUCACUAUCCAUCUGCUCCCCUCAUGUUGAUAUCACCGGAGAACAUGACUGUAUUGGAUGGCCAGGACGCCACCAUCUCUUGUCGUGCAGGCGGAGCUCCUCAGCCUAAUGUUACCUGGUUAUAUAAUGAUGAUCUGGAACUGGUGGAGAAUGGUCACUAUCAAAUCUUAAGUUCUGGAGACCUACUUAUUGCUGGUGUUAACACUCGUGAUGAAGGAAAAUACACUUGUCUUCGUUCAAAUGAAGCUGGAACUGUGUCAGGAAAUGCUUGGCUCUCCAUCCUAGUCAAAACUCAGAUAUCGCAGCCACCCGUUGAUACACGAGUUAUAUUGGGUCGGGUGGCAACACUACAGUGCAAAGUAUCCCAUGCUCCAACAGUGUUAGUUGAAAUUCACUGGUUUCAUGGAAACAAUAUCAUUGACCCUGAAGGAAGUCCUCGGAUUAGUGUGCGACAAGAUGGAACAUUGGAGAUACAAGAGGUUCGAGCAGCAGAUGUUGGACUUUAUACUUGUGUGGUUAUAUCAUCUGGUGGAAAUGAGACUCGUUCAGCGAGAUUGGAGGUUAUAGAGCUGCCUUAUGCUCCGACUGGUGUACAGGCUGAACGCACGCCAGGAAUCCCUAAAUCUGUUAAAGUUUCCUGGACUCCAACAUUUGAUGGAAAUAGUCCUAUAAUUAAAUUUAUCAUCCAGAAGAGAGAGGUCCCUACAGAAGGUAUAGUUGAUGAUCUGGGUCUGAACUGGGUAACAGUGCUAACAAAUAUAAGUGCUACAGCUAUUGAGGCUGUCAUAGGAGAGCUGAGACCUUCCACAGGUUACCAGUUUCGGGUCUCAGCAGUGAAUAAUGUUGGUGAAGGGUCUCCCUCCGAACCAUCUAACACAGUUAUCCUUCCACAGGAAGCUCCAUCAGGUCCUCCCCAAGGUCUGGUGGGUUCUCCCAGGUCCUCGACAGAAAUUAUGAUUCAGUGGGAGGCUCCCACAGAAGAUGAAAGGAAUGGGAUACUUCUUGGAUAUAUGGUACGCUAUAGACUAUGGGGAUACAAGGAUGCGCAGUGGUACUAUCGCAACAUAACCAAAGAGAGAUUAAAGACUGUUCAACGCUUCGUUGUUGGCCACAAGUACAAGAAUCAACACAAUUAUCUAAUUGGAGGGUUGAUAAUUUGGAAAGACUAUGAGAUCCAGGUUGCUGCAUAUAACAUCAAAGGUGUUGGUGUUUACUCUCGUAGUAUACGCCUUAAAACAAAAGAAGGAAUUCCUGCUGCUCCACCAAAAAAUGUUAAAGCCAUAGCUAUUAGCUCAACCACCAUCAAAGUUUCAUGGAAGCCACCAGAUCCCUGGAUGAUUAAUGGAAUCAAUCAGGGCUAUAAAGUUCAAGCAUGGCAAAAUAUACCUGAAGGCUCUGUUGAACCAGAUAAAACUCUGACUGUUCCUCCAAGUCCAUAUCCUGAUGCUAAUGAGUCAGCAGAACUCAGUGACCUUAACAAAUAUACAGUGUACUAUAUUACAGUACUGUGUUUCACACAUCCUGGUGAUGGCACACCAUCGCAACCAUUGAAGAUUCAAACACUAGAGGAUGUUCCUGAUUCAGUGGAAAACUUGAAAUUUGAAGACAUUAGUGAUCGAUCAGUGCGUGUGCUGUGGGAUGAACCCAAGCAGAGCAACGGAAUCCUUAAAGGCUACACGCUCUCAUACAUGGUGAAGGACUCGCCUCAUACCAAAAUUAUUCAAAAUUUGACUGCUGAUGUUACCACCUUCAUGGUCACUGAAUUAUCGGCUACAACUUUUUACACAUUUGAAGUGUAUGCAUGGACCUCUGUAGGACCAGGUAUGACAGUGGCUGCAACAUUACAAUCCGGUGUUGAACCAGUAUUGCCAGAGCCACCAACCCGUCUGGCUGUCUCCAAUAUUCAGGCUUUCUCAGUAAUGCUUCAAUUUACUCCUGGCUUUGAUGGCAAUGCCUCUAUUUCCAAAUGGACUGUACAAGCACAAUCUUCUCGCAGUAGCACUUGGGAAACAAUAUAUGAAGUUUCUGCUCCAGAUGCCACUACAAUUACAGUGCAAAAUCUCAUCCCGUAUACGAAAUACCACUUACGACUUAUUGCAAAUAACGUAGUUGGUGCCUCAUCUCCCUCUGAGUCUUCUCCUGAUUUCCAAACCCUUCAAGCAGAGCCAGCUCACCCACCAUCAAAUAUGACUGUGAGAGCUAUGUCCUCCACUCAGCUUCGAGUUCGAUGGAUUCCUUUACAGCAGUUUGAAUGGUAUGGUGCACCACAGGGCUACCGUAUCAGAUAUCGACCACUUGGAUGCGAGUGUGAAUUUUCUGAAGAUUUUGUUUACGACAACACUGCUAAUUCACAUCAGCUGGUAUCUUUGCAAGAGUACACACAAUAUGAAGUGACAAUGGUUGCAGUAAAUGACAUUGGUCCAUCGUCUUUGGCUCCUGCUGCAAUAGAAAGAACUCGAGAAUCUGUGCCAAGUGCUGGACCUGAUAACGUGAGUGCGAAUGCAACGUCUUCAACCACAAUUGUCGUACGUUGGAAGGAAGUGCCCAAGAUUCACCAAAAUGGUAUCAUAGAAGGGUACAAAGUGGUUUAUGUUGGUAAAAACAUGAAGCCACAAGAGAAAGUGAUCCGCAACAAUAAUACAUUUGCUGCAACCAUAACCCAGCUUCGAAAGUAUUACCAGUAUACUGUACAAGUUUUGGCCUAUACUAGGCUGGGUGAUGGAACAUUAUCCACUCCACCUCUCUUAGUACAAACCCAUGAAGAUGUUCCUGGGCCACCAUCAGAAAUCUCUUUUCCUGAUGUGUCCUUCACAUACGCACGCAUUAUUUGGGAUGUCCCAGAAGAGCCAAAUGGUGAGAUAACAGCAUAUUCCAUUGUGUACCAUCUAGCUGAGAGCACAGAUGUCAACAAUACUUUGGAGUUUGGUCCUACUACACGUACUUACAAGGCGGUAGAGUUAAAGCCCGAGAGCUACUACAUGUUCCUAGUGAGUGCACGCACACGUCUAGGUUACGGCCAAGCAUUAAAAGCUCCUGUGUACACGACAAAUAACAGAGAACUGCCUGCACCUCCCUCUCGCCCUUCAGUCUCACACUCUCAAAUCACAUCAAGAACAAUAACUUUCUCUUGGAACCCUGGCAGGGAUGGAUUUGCUCCCAUCAGAUAUUACACUGUCCAGUACACUGAAAGUAACAGUGGGUGGCAAACCAUUGAUGAAAGGAUAGAUUAUUCUGGGAAUAGCUACACUACUGAGAAUCUAAAGCCUUUUACUGCUUACAAGUUUAGACUUAAAGCAACCAAUGACAUUGGGGCAAGUGGUUGGAGUGACAGCAGUGUGGAGGUCAGGACGCUUCCUGCUGCACCUGUCGAACCUCCAACUGAUAUUAAGGUCAUUCCAAUAACAACAAAGAGUGUGCGGGUGGAAUGGACACCCCUCUUCCCUAACUCCUGGAGUGGAGAUACCAAGACUGGUGGCUACAGAGUUAAAUUUCGUCAGAUAUCAGACAUUCCCACAGCCUUCAGUAUGCAGCAGAAGGAGUUGAAGGAUACUCUAGCUAGAGAAGUUGUAUUAGAGGAUCUACAGGUGGAUACAAAUUAUGAAGUGUUGGUGGUAGCUUAUAAUGCUCAGGGAGAGUCACCAUCAUCUGCCCCAUCCACAGUGUAUGUAGGAGAAGCUGUCCCAACAGGCAAUCCUAAGAAUGUAAAAGCUGAGGCUUUAUCAUCAACUGAAGUAAAAAUUUCCUGGGAGCCACCAGAGGAGCAGGAUAAAAAUGGGGAACUUCUUGGCUACAAGAUUUUCUACAGAAGCGAGAAAGACCCAGAAGGCUCGGAAGAGAUUGAAGUAAUUGGGGCCUCGACUACAAAUUAUGAACUGCUGUACUUGGACAUGUAUACACGAUAUAUUAUUACCAUCUUGUGCUUUAACCCGGCUGGGGAUGGCCCUAAGUCAGAACCUGUGUAUGCAAGAACACUUCAAGAUCUCCCUGGACCUGUUGCUAAUUUAAGCUUCACUGACAUCACAAUGAAUAGCCUUAAAGUUGUUUGGGAUGCUCCUGCAAGACCGAAUGGGAAGAUAGUGGGAUACCUUGUUACAUACGAGACUGCCAGGCCUGAUGAAAACUUUAGUAAGCAAGUAAAACAGAAAGUAACUUCUUCAUACUUGUUGGUGACAUCACUAGAAGAAGAAGUUGCUUACGAAUUUAGCGUUAGAGCACAGACUGUUGAUUAUGGUCCAGAGGUACAAGCAAAUGUGACAACAGGGCCUCAGCCAGGCUCUCCAGCACGGCCAAAAGACCUAACAUUAACCAAGACUGUGUCCAGUGUGACAUUACAUUGGCGCAAUAGUCAUUCUGGGAAGGACUCAAUCCUUGGCUAUUAUAUCGAGGCAAGAAAAAUUGCAGCCACCUUUGAAUGGCAGAUGUACUCGGAUACAUGGUCAGUACUGAUGAAGACUGAAACUGGUGAGGUGGAGGAGUACACAGUGUCAUACCAGAACUUGCUGCCAUCUACACAAUAUGAAUUUAGACUUAUUGCUUACAACAAGUAUGGCAUAUCAUAUCCAGCAGUUGCUAAUGAGAAGAUUGUAACUCCAUCAAAGCGGUUUCUAGAGUAUGGAUAUCUCCAACAGCGGCCAUUCUAUCACCAGACAUGGUUCAUGGUGACACUGGCAGCUAUCUCAAUUGUUCUCAUCAUCAUAGUUAUCGCUGCACUUUGUGUCAAGAGUAAAACUUACAAAUACAAACGUAUUGUAGAGGAAUUGUUGUCAGCACAAGAAGCAGCUAACAAGACAAUGGAGGAGUCGUUAAACACUGAUGAGACAGCAUUCUCCACUUUUGAGAUGAGACAAUCAAGGCGUGGCACUGUAAGCAAACGGAGUACCUUAGGACGUAGAUCCGUUGUUGGUGCCACUGCUGUUGUCAAUGCAAAAUCACCACCACGACCUGCCCCAGCAUCCAUCACUUACUCAGAUGAGGAUACAGUAAAAGGAUAUGAUGAAAAUCCUGACGAUUCAAGUGAACUAACUGAAAAACCAACAGACUUAUCCUCGACUGCCUCUGAGCAGGAGUCUGAGAGUGAAAACGAGUCACACCAUUCGGAACCACACUCUUUUGUUAAUCACUAUGCUAAUGUUAAUGAUACACUUCGCCAGUCUUGGAGAAGACAAAAGCCGGUUCGCAAUUAUUCAAGUUAUACAGAUUCUGAAGCUGAAGGAAGUGCAGUGAUGAGUUUAAAUGGAGGACAGAUUAUCAUGAAUAAUAUGGCUGGAUCAAGAGCACCUUUACCAGGUUUUUCUUCAUUUGUAUAGGUAAGAAAUUUUAUAGAAAUAUAGACAAUUGAUAAAAGACAAACUACUUUAAGUCCUUCUUUGUAUGUGAUAUAAUGAUGAUGAUCUCAAGGAGAUCUGAAUUAGUGAGAAGAUUGGCUCAGGUGAAACCAAGGGAACACAUUGGUUACUGCCAUGAUCAAACACCUGUAGCUUGUUUCAAGUGUGUCAAAUGGACACUGGUCCCUCGUUGUCUGUGAUAUGUACAGAAGUAAUGUAAAUAUUUUUACUUUUAAGGAAUCAUCCUCAUAAACUAUGAACUUUGGAAUGGCCGUGGCUAGAGACACUUGUGGCACAUCCCCUGGGUUAUACCAAAGCUCUUCAGCCAUGUUGGACCCAGGAAUUUGCAUUAAAUCUAUGUAUGUUAGAAUAUAUUUACUGUAGUGGCUACAGUUUCUUGAUCUACUGUAUCAUUUAAAGAAAGCCUAGUAUUUUUCUGUAAUUACAAGUCAAAUUGUUUGCUGAACCAUUUUAGGAGUGUAAAGGUUGACUUAGUUACCAGUAAAAUUUUAAAGACUUGCAAGGAAACCCAAAGAAAUAUUUGUUAUUUGGUUGCUGUGUUUUAAAAUUACAAGCAAAAUUUAAACUUCUGUUUGUAGAUAAUUUUUUGUUUCAUACUUAAAAUCUGAACCAUUAGUUAAUUUAUGCCAAAGCUUGGAGCAUUCAUUAAUAUAAGGACUCUCAACAAUGUGAAUUAACAGUAUUUUUAUGCAUUUAACAUAAACAUUUUAAUGUCUUAUCUUUUCAUUAUCAUAGUCAUUUCAUCUGUAUUACUUAUUACUAUAACAACUGUAACAUUAAGCAGGCAUUAUUUCAGUACUUGAAUGGAUGUGAUGAAAGUAGUAAGUCCCUUUUAUAAUUUCUUUGCAUUUGAUAUAUAAAAGUUCAGAUUCAUUAAUUUGUCGAGAAUUAAUAAUGCAAAUCAUGAGAGAAAUAAGAGAAGCUUAAAUUUUUUAUGGCACUUUCAUUUAAAACUCAUGCACAGUACCUCAGUUUGUAUACUGCAUGUCAUUAUUACCUCUUUUUAUUUAUAAACUGGAUAUUUUUAUAUUCAUUGUCUUUUUAGUAUCAGAUGUGUGAUUAUUUUUCUAUUAUAAAUCUCAAAAUAAAAUUGUUCUAAGGCAGAAACUGCUUCACACAAUUCUUUUUUGUAGUUUAGUUUUUUUUAUGCUCAAAAUCAUCAGGUUUUUCAUAUUGCCUAUGCUGUGUAUAGCAGAGUUCAGUACUUAUGAACACUUUGGGCUGGAUUCCAUAUAUGUUUAUCAAACAUUUUAUGCUGCACUAGUGCGAGUGCUUUCAGUGGUUGCAGACAGUGUCUUUUUGCACAAGUACUUUUAUUUUGUUUUAUUACAAAAAGUUAAUUGUCUUGUAAUACUUCAUUUUACAAAUCUGUAAACCAAGCUGGCAAAGAUUAAACAUAGCAAAAUUUUGUGCAUAACUAAAGCUAUAAGUAUAAUUUUGAUGUCAGUUGAGUAAUUCAGCCAAUGGGAAAUAUUAGUUGACUCUACAGCAUGUUAACACUACAAAAGAUUGUGUAUUUUUGUAAGAGUGCAGAGGUAUUAGGAAAAUACUGACAAAUUAAGUGCUUGUGUCAUAGAAGAGGAACAAGAAUUCAUUAAUCAGGACUAUUUGCUAUUCUGCUUAAUUAAACAUGUACAAGUGAGGAGGUAGAUGAGAACAAAUAGGGAGAAGGGUACCAAGAAAAAAAAUCAGUAUUCACUUAGGCCCUUGUGCAUGUUGGGUAAUAUUGUGAAGCACUUAACCCAUAUGGGUUAAACAGCACAAAAAUUGGUAGAAGCUUGAUCCUUCAUCAGUUGAGAGAGGGAGAAACUACCUGGUUGUAGUUUGUAGCUAAAGAAGAAAAACACCAGUUUGAGAAAGAGGGUCUAUCACUACAGUAGUUCCUCCUGGGUCAUUCAAGGUCAGCUGGUCUAAUGAAGUGGUUAUCAGUAUGUAAAUAUUAUAAAGUACAAUUUUGAAUAUAACAUUUAAAAACUGGUGCUUUUUCAUAUGACCAUCACAAUGGUAGAGGAAAGAAAUUGCUAAACAGAAACAAAGUGGUUUCACUAACAAAAUUAACUUCAUUUCUUGUAGCUUUCUUUUUUUUUUUUUUUUUUUUUAGAAUGUAAAUCAUGACAAUAAGUAUUUAUCAAAUGUGUCUUGUAUGUAUGUAAAGUGCUCAUCACCACCACUGAUAGGAUCUCAAAGAUUAAUUAGGUGGAAAUUCAAAGGUUUAACAAGUUCUGUACCGCUGAUAGUUUGUAGUAGUUCAAAAGUGUCAUGUUCUAAGCCGCUGUUAGUAUAAAAUAGGUCAUGAAUAAUGUGUAAUUUUUUCUUCAGUACAAUGCAUUUUGUAAAUAUAUUCAUAAGAUUUUUCUAAUAAAAGUAUCCACUGUA